AUGCCCCCAAGGCUACCGUUUGCGCAGGCGGCGCAAUGCUGCGCUGCGGCAAUUGGUGCGCCAGCACGACCAACAACAAGUCUGGUCUCCCUCUUUGCCGCCCUCUCAGUGCAGACACGUUGCGCAUCGAUCCUCGCUAGCCUUUCCGACAACAAGGGCGCCUACCACAAGCGCAUUCGGAGAGGUCGCGGUCCCUCUUCCGGUUACGGCAAGACGGCAGGUCGCGGUCACAAGGGUCAGAAACAGCAUGGGAAGGUGAAGCCGUGGUUUCAGGGUGGCCAGACUCCGCUCAUCGUCAGCCAUGGUCGGCAUGGCUUCGUCAACCACCGCGCCCCAGAAAUGAUGGAAUUGAACCUCGACAGUCUCCAAGCCUGGAUCGACGCCGGCCGCAUCGACCCCACCAAGCAAAUCACACCUCGCGAAAUCAUUCGGUCGGGCGUGGUCGGGAGGUCGAUCAAAGACGGCAUCAAGCUCCUCGCUCGCGGCGGAGACAAACUAAAGACGCCUAUUGACAUAAUAGUGUCUCGGGCGUCAGCCUCUGCGAUCAAGGCGGUCGAGGACGCCGGCGGCAAGAUCAUUACCCGGUACUACACAAAGGAGGCCAUCAGGCGACUGGUCAAGGGAGAGAGUGUCAACACGGACAAGCCGCUCCCCGUGGGACCGGAGCACGUCGAGGAGGUGCUGGCCGAGGCGAAGGCUUCCAAGAAACACUACUACCGCCUGCCCGAUCCGACAAGCCGUGAGGAUAUCGAGUACUACCGGGAUCCGGCGCACCGGGGCUACCUCAGCCACAUGCUGCAGCCGGGCGAGUCGCCGAGUUUGUACUUCAAGGUGCCCGGCACCAAGCCACCGGCAAAGCGCAAAACCCAGGAGGAGGCCGAUCCAGAGGCCGCGAGGUUGUUUUAG